AUGACCUCGCAAUCAUCCACAUCUAUUCUGUCCCUUGGGGAGAUGCUGGGCCCUCUCCUUAUCGGUGCUAUCAUAGCCGCCAUUUUAUUCGGUAUUACGAAUCUACAGGCUGUGAAUUACUACCAAAGGUACCCUCAUGACUGGGUCCUGGAUACCUUUCAUGUCGCCUUGAGCAUACAUGCUCUAUAUUUCUAUCUGGUUACUAUGUUUGGGGAUUUGAUCGGUGGUUUAGAAAGUGAUUUGUGGAGUAUGAAGUUGCAAUUGUCUCUGAAUAACUUUCUGGUCUUCUACGUUCAAUGGUUAUAUGCCAUUCGGCUAUGGAAACGUUUGUAUUUUUGCAUAGUGGCGCUUGAUAUUGCCAUUACUUAUUCUGCCACAGUUGGACGACAUUUUCACAAGGUUCUCCCUUGGUUUGUCUUUCUAGCUGUGGCCAUGUCACUUGGUGAUAAAAUUGUUCUCAUUGUCUUGUGUAUUUGUCUGAUCCUAGUUUCGUUUAGGCAGUACCAUAUGUUUGGCGUAUGGAAUUACACCAAAUCUCUUAUCCAUUUCCCUCGCCAAACGGAUUGGACCAUUACCCCAAUGAUGUGUUAUUACUUGCACAAGAGUAGGAAGGACGCAAUGUUCUCUACGUGUGUAAUUUUCUUGUAUAUCGUGUGGCCGGAGUCUCUGAUAUUUGUUGGGAUUCAUUUCGUCCUAUCUAAGUUAUACAUCAACUCACUACUUGCUAUGCUCAAUUCCCGAUCCGUGCAUCAUUCGACUAGUCGAUCCACUGAGCGUGGAGUAAAUUCGUUCCCUGCUGUCCUCCCGAUAACCCAUCACAGUUCUGAAUCCAAUGAAACGCAUAUCUUCCAGAACGUUGGCGUUCCGCUCCAGCACAUCGGUUCUUUCAAUGAUAAGCUGAAUCCUUCAAAGGGAGCUCUCGACUCUCAAGUUUGA